AUGGCUGCUAUUGGUCCAUGUGCAAAUAGUCCAAGACUCAACCCACAGUUCGUUAAAACUGCCGCCAACGGGCGAACUUCAGAAUUGAAGACCGGUAUCAAACAGUUGGUCUGUGCAAGUCCUUUCGCCGGAUUGGAUCACGAAGAUCCGUAUACGCAUCUUACUCGGUUCUAUGAAUUAGCAGAGAAUCCAAAAGAGCAUUGUAAAGCGGUGGUGACAAGGCCUGGGCAAAAAGGAAGUAAUAAUGAAGUUGAAAAGAAUAAUGUUGAAGAUGAUACGGAAGAGAAAACUGAAAAACAUGAUGGAGAAGAUGAAGAAUAUGAAAUUAUUGAUACUAAUGCUGAAGAAGAGCAUGUGAAUAAAGAAGUUAAAAAGAAAGAAAAGCUGAAAAGAAAGAGCAGUAAAGAAAAGAUGGCAAGCAACGUGAUACCAAGUCAACAUUUGCCAUAUCCCCACGCCCCAUCAAAGAAGGACAAUGCCCGACAAUAUACCAGUGCUAUAAUCCAAAGAACUACUCCACGAAAGGAAUCCGAUCCAGGGCAAGUAACUUUACCGUUAAAUAUUGGAAGAAAUUUGAAUGGUGAUGGGUUAAUCGAUCUGGGGUCGAGCAUCAACUUAAUCCUGUUAGCCAUUGUCAAAAAGCUAGGAAAUGUGGUAAUGAAGCCCACUAGUAUGACACUACAAUUAGCCGACAAGUCCAUCACUACACCUUAUGGAGUGGUUCAGGAUCUGCUAGUUAAAAUAGACAAAUUCUUUUUUCCGGUGGACUUUGUGGUAGUCGACAUGGAAGAAGAUCAUGAGAUGCAACAAGCCAAGAGAGGUCGUACCAAGUCCACAAGUACCGGCCCUCGUGGUGCCCCUAUUGCCCGACGCUUCUUAGGACCUGCCUAG